AUGCCUGAAGCUCCCAAACGCCUCACAUUGAGGAAGCCGUUGGGCCAGCUACCCGUGAAUUUGGCUACCAGGGGCGCUAAACCAGAGAUCAGGGUGCCCAAGGAAUCACGAAAACUGGGAUCUCUAGAACCAGCGUAUGCCCCUAGUUCAGACGACGGCCUAAUACGCCAGCACUUUGAUCCGAUUCGCUCAGACGCCCACACGGCCACGGGCCUGGAGCUGGCGGCCGCGUUGCAAGGUAUGUCGUUGUCCACGUCCAGAUCGGCGAGUCCAGAGCUGGAAACACAGAGCUACAACGAGGUCCAGCGGUCACACUUUGCCGAAAUCGAGGAGGACUCCGACGGCGAGCCUGUUGCAAACGAACUUUACGACGACGAUAGCGAUUCAACCGACUACGAGGGCCCCCAGGAGCCCAAGUGGAACAAACAGAUCUUUCUGAAGCUACAGGCGGUGAUGCGGACGUACUCGCGUGCCACGCUCGACGAGCUGGACGAAGACACGUACGACGUGACCAUGGUGGCCGAGUACGCGCCUGAAAUCUUCAACUAUUUGCAUGAGCUCGAGCACAUGUAUGCUGCCGACGCUAACUACAUGGCCAACCAGGACGAGUUGCGCUGGGAGAUGCGUGGCGUCCUCAUAGACUGGGUGGUGCAGGUGCACCAGCGCUUCAACUUGCUUCCCGAGACGCUAUUUCUCACUGUCAACUACAUCGACCGUUUCCUCAGUCGCCGCAGGGUGUCCUUGCUGCGUUUCCAGCUUGUGGGCGCUGUUGCCCUCUUCAUUGCCGCCAAAUACGAAGAGAUUAACUGCCCCACCGUGCAAGAGGUUGCCUACAUGGCCGACAAUGCCUACAGCAUCGAGGACUUCCUCAAGGCCGAGCGUUUUAUGAUUGACGUGCUCGAGUUUGAUAUGGGCUGGCCAGGCCCCAUGUCGUUCUUGAGAAGGACCUCCAAGGCCGACGACUACGACUACGAGACCCGUACACUCGCCAAGUACUUCUUGGAAAUCACUAUCAUGGACCACCGUUUUGUCGCCUCGCAGCCUUCAUGGCUUGCAGCAGGCGCCCACUAUCUUCUGCGUAAGAUGCUCAACAAGGGCUCUUGGACCGAUGCCCACGUUUUCUAUUCGGGUUACACUGAAGAACAGCUCAAGCCCCUUGCACGCAUCAUGAUGGAGAUGUGCUCCAGCGCGGAAACCCACCAUAAGGCCAUUUUCGAAAAAUACCAGGAAAGACGCUACAGACGCUCCCUGUUGUUCGUGCAAGAGUUCUUGCGGGCCAUGCGCUCUCCCAAGGAUGAGUGA